GAAGGAGCAGCCGGACGAAACGCUCCAGCGGCCCAGGCGCUGCCCCCCGCCGGCCCUGGCUGGGAGCCUAGUGGGGUGGCGGAGGAGGCCGUGCCGUGGCGGGCCUCGCCAUGUCCUGCCGCCCGUUUAUUUAUUUAUUUUGAGAGAGAAUCCUGAGGAGGCUCCACACUGCCAGCACAGAGCCUACUGUGGGGCUCAAACUGAUGAACUGUGAGAUCAUGACCUGAAUCAAAACAGUCGGAUGCUUAACCAACUGAGCUAUCCAGAUGAGAAACUUCGUGAACUUCCCAAACUGAUACAAAUUGUCUUGUGAAACCUUCUAAUAGAGAAAGUUCUUGGGACAAACUUCACUUGAUCCAGGCAUAAAAGAAAGAAAACCUUGCCAGACACGGAAGAAGGGACGGGGAUUUCUCCUCCUAAUCUGGGCCUCCUGUCAUGGAUGAGGAGACUCGGCACAGCCUUGAGUGCAUCCAGGCCAAUCAGAUCUUUCCCAGGAAGCAGCUGAUCCGGGAGGAUGAGAAUCUUCAGGUUCCUUUUCUUGAACUUCAUGGAGAAAGCACAGAGUAUGUGGGCCGUGCUGAGGAUGCCAUCAUUGCCCUUUCUAAUUAUAGACUUCACAUCAAGUUCAAGGAGUCUCUUGUUAAUACUGCCUCUCAAUCUGCUGCUUCUGAAAUCCCAGUUCCAUUACAGCUUAUAGAAAGUGUUGAAUGCCGAGAUAUAUUUCAGCUUCAUUUGACUUGCAAAGACUGCAAAGUUAUCAGGUGUCAGUUCUCAACCUUUGAGCAGUGUCAAGAGUGGCUUAAGAGACUAAACAAUGCAAUCCGACCACCUGCUAAAAUAGAAGAUCUCUUCUCAUUUGCAUACCAUGCUUGGUGCAUGGAGGUCUACGCCAGUGAAAAAGAACAACAUGGAGACCUGUGCAGACCAGGGGAGCAUGUAACGUCAAGAUUUAAAAACGAAGUGGAGCGGAUGGGUUUUGAUAUGAACAACGCCUGGAGGAUUUCCAAUAUCAAUGAGAAGUAUAAGCUAUGUGGUAGCUAUCCACAGGAGCUCAUAGUGCCUGCCUGGAUCACUGAUAAAGAACUAGAGAGUGUAGCAAGCUUCAGGUCCUGGAAGCGCAUCCCUGCUGUCGUCUACAGGCACCAGAGCAAUGGAGCUGUCAUUGCCCGCUGUGGACAGCCGGAGGUCAGCUGGUGGGGCUGGCGAAAUGCUGAUGAUGAGCAUCUGGUGCAGUCAGUAGCCAAAGCUUGUGCCUCUGAUUCCCGAUCAAGUGGCAGCAGGCUGUCAACUAGGAACAGUUCUCGAGACUUUCCAAAUGCAGGAGACCUUUCCGAUGUGGAGUUUGAUUCUUCUCUUUCCAAUGCUUCGGGAGCAGAAAGUUUAGCCAUCCAACCGCAGAAGCUUUUGAUCUUGGAUGCGCGCUCCUAUGCAGCAGCGGUGGCAAACCGAGCCAAAGGAGGAGGCUGUGAAUGCCCAGAGUAUUACCCGAACUGUGAAGUAGUGUUUAUGGGGAUGGCAAAUAUUCAUUCAAUCCGGAGGAGUUUUCAGUCUCUGCGGUUGCUGUGCACACAGAUGCCUGAUCCGGGAAAUUGGCUCUCAGCUCUUGAAGGCACAAAAUGGCUCCAUCACCUGUCUGUGCUUCUGAAGUCAGCACUUCUGGUAGUGCACGCUGUGGAUCGUGAUCAGCGGCCAGUACUAGCACAUUGCUCAGAUGGCUGGGACCGCACUCCCCAGAUUGUGGCAUUGGCUAAGCUCUUGCUGGAUCCUUAUUACCGAACCACAGAGGGUUUCCAGGUCCUUGUGGAGAUGGAGUGGCUGGAUUUUGGACACAAGUUUGCUGACCGGUGUGGUCAUGGGGAGAACUCAGAUGAUCUGAACGAACGCUGCCCGGUGUUUCUCCAGUGGCUUGACUGCGUUCAUCAGCUUCAGAGGCAAUUUCCUUGCUCUUUUGAGUUCAAUGAAGCAUUCCUUGUGAAACUGGUGCAACAUACCUAUUCCUGCCUAUUUGGAACAUUCCUGUGCAACAACGCCAAGGAGAGAGGGGAAAAGCAUACUCAGGAGCGGACAUGUUCCGUGUGGUCGCUGCUUCGAGCAGGCAACAAGGCUUUCAAAAACCUACUGUAUUCCUCUCAGUCCGAAGCCGUGCUAUACCCUGUAUGUCACGUGCGUAACCUGAUGCUGUGGAGUGCAGUGUACCUGCCCUGCCCAUCCCCGUCCACGCCUGUGGACGACAGCUGUGCACCAUAUCCAGCCCCUGGCACCAGCCCUGAUGAUCCGCCUCUGAGCCGGUUACCAAAGACUAGAUCAUUUGACAAUCUGACCACAGCCUGUGACAACACAGUGCCUCUAGCCAACCGGCGCAGCAGUGACCCGAGCCUGAAUGAGAAGUGGCAGGAGCAUCGCCGCUCACUGGAAUUGAGCAGCCUGGCUGGUCCUGGGGAGGAGCCUCUUGAUCCUGACAACCUGGGGAAGCCAACCAAAGUGCUGGGUGGCGCAGAGCUAUCUGUUGCAGCUGGAGUGGCCGAGGGGCAGAUGGAGAACAUUUUGCAAGAGGCCACCAAAGAGGAGAGUGGGAUAGAGGAGCCUGCCCAUAGAGGGAGCAUUGAGAUGCAGGAGGUCGAAGAGGAGGCUCUCUUAGGAAAGGAAAUCAGGGGGAAGACCCUAGAGGGCUCAACCAUUAUUCUUCCUCAAGAACCAGAACUGGGUGAUGCUGCUCUGACAAACCAUCCAGGCACUAGCCUUUCUCUGUUCUCACAGGGUAUUCCUGAGCAGCAGGGUGGGCUCAGCAUUCUCCCCUGUUCUCUCCAGGAGUCUCCCAGGGGAGAACGUACCCAUGAGGUCCCUGUGGAACAGCCUCGAAUAGGAGCUAUCACAGAAGAUAGGGAGGAAGCAUUUCUUCCAAUCCCAGUAGAUGUAAAAGUUGGCUAUGGUACCUCACAGUCAAGUUCUCUGCUGCCCUCCCAAGUCCCAUUUGAGGCCACAGGACCAAACACGGACAGUUCAAUGGACAUGUUAAUGGAAGGUCAAGUCAAGUCAGAAAGUGGGCCCGAAGGCCAUCAUAGACCUUGCCUGGUAAACAGUGGCUGGUUCAGUAGCAAGGACAUACUUCCUCAAGCCACGGAGCCGCAGUCUUCAGAGAGGAGCCUAGCUGAGAGGCCCCAAGUGGGAUCUGUGGUACAUAGGACUUCCCCUGGCAGCACCCACAGCCCCACGCGUUCUCCUUGUGCCUUGCCUUUAGCCGAAUGUAAAGAGGGGCUUGUGUGCAAUGGUGCCCUGGAGACCGAAAAUAAGGCUUUAGAGCAGCCCCCAGGGUUUAGCACCCUGCAGAAGCACCCCACCCCCAACGGGCACUGCACCAAUGGGGAGGCUGGUAGGAGCAAGGACUCACUGAGCCGCCAGUUGUCUGCCACAAGCUGCAGCUCUGCCCACUUACACUCGAGGAACUUGCACCACAAGUGGCUGCACGGCCACUCGGGGAGGCCGUCUACAACGGGGAGCCCUGACCAGCCUUCCCGCAGCCACCUGGACGAUGAUGGCAUGCCUGUGUAUACGGACACUAUCCAACAGCGCCUGCGUCAGAUUGAGUCAGGCCACCAGCAGGAAGUGGAGACCUUGAAGAAACAGGUGCAGGAGCUGAGGAGUCGCCUGGAGAGCCAGUACCUGACCAGCUCCCUGCGCUUCAAUGGGGACUUUGGGGAUGAAGUGACUUCAAUCCCCGACUCGGAAAGCAAUCUGGAUCAGAACUGUUUGUCUCGCUGCAGCACAGAGAUUUUCUCUGAAGCCAGCUGGGAGCAGGUGGAUAAACAGGACACAGAGAUGACCCGUUGGCUCCCUGACCACCUGGCCGCCCACUGCUACGCGUGCGACAGCGCCUUCUGGCUCGCCAGCAGGAAGCACCACUGCAGGGACACUGACCGUGUUGAUCAAACGUGGAAUUGUGGGAAUGUGUUCUGCUCCAGUUGUUGUAAUCAGAAGGUUCCAGUUCCCAGCCAGCAGCUCUUUGAACCCAGUCGAGUGUGCAAGUCUUGCUAUAGCAGCCUACAUCCCACAAGCUCCAGCAUUGACCUUGAACUGGAUAAGCCCAUUGCUGCCACUUCAAACUGAAGCUCAGUGACCUGGGGCGGGCAGAGGCCAAGCUGCUGUUCCUCUGACAGGCCCACAGCCUGGGCAGACCGAGAGGCCCGUGCACUUUGGAAUGGGGGCAUGGAACCACCUGUGCAGAGUGACAGAAAUUUGGGAUGUACCACUGGACUGUAGAUUGAUUUUUAUUUCCUGUUUUGUUUUUUUCCCUCUCCCUUUUCCAUCCUUCCUCUGCUUCCAAGAAAGAAAGUCUACUGGUUGUCUUAAAAAAAAAAAAAAAAAAAAAAAAAUUUUUUUUUUUUUUUUUUAAUGGAAGACCAGAGGUUGCCAGCCCUCUGUGACUGUUGAGCCACCUGUUGUCCCAUGAUGCUGAGGGUUGGCUUGGUUCCUCAGGACGGAGAGAGGCUGGUCAGAGUCAGGAGUGGAGGCCUGAGCUAGUGGGGAAGAAAGCUGGGGCUGUUGUUUGUGACCAUUCCUCGUGCCAUUGUCACAUCAGAGCUGAUUUGAAAAACCUGUGCUGCUGAGGAGGCUGAAGCAUCUUCCUAACAGACUGUCCCAAGUGCCCUCUGCCUCCUCACAGGAGCCGGGCCAGUUCCACCUCACAGAUAAAUGGGAUUGGCAUUUGGAGGGAGGGGCACAUAAUAAAACGUAACCCUUCUGAGCCUUGCUUUGGGGAAGGAAGGUGUUUGUUGUCCUGAGGCAAGCGAGAGGGCCAGGGAAUCGGGGUGGCCAGCAUUGUUCUGUCUCGCAUGGGAUUCUGUUUUUAACUCGACCCAGAUGGUUUAGGGUUCCCUUCGCUGUCAUGAGUAUGCCUCCCUCAGCCAGGCUGUGUAGUGCUUCCCACCCUCAGGCAUAGGAGUACAGACUGGCCAGAGUGCAGUGGUCCUGCUGCCAUGGCCAAGGCCAAAGCCUUCCCUGAGCCCGGGUGUACCUAGAAGCCCCUGCCGGGGCCUGGUCCCCCAAAACAAUCUCUUUUCCUUGACCAGCACAGGGAAAUCCAGACUCAGGGUUCCAAAAAUGUCCCAUUCCCAAACCAAACAAAUCAUGGAUCUCCCCCUUAAGGGGUAAAUCAGCUUUUCAGAGUGCGCGUCUGGAAAAGGGAGUAUGUCCCAUACAAUCAGCCUUCCUUCUCCUUCCCUUCCUGGGGCAGUGGGAAGGCCCCAGCAGUCCCCCUGCCCUGUUCCUGUGCUGCUGGCCAGCAGUGAGGGGCCACUUGGUGACUCUGCAGGGUUCUUUAGAGAAGUGACACAGCCUGUAGGAGAUUUGGGGCACCUUUCCUCAGUAGCUUUGAUGUGGUCCAAAAAGAGCCUUAAAUCAAGAAUAUUUGUGGUAGAGGUGAGUGUGGGGAAGGGUGGAGAGGAGUUUAUAGGUUUGUGCUUUGUAAUCUUGGCAUCCAUGUUUUGUGCCUGCCCUCCCUCUCAAGGGAGGGGCCAUGCUUGGCUCUGCUAAAAGCUGCUAAGUGGUAAUGGCGGAUUGUGGUGAGUGGGUGGGGGUGAGGCCAGGGAACUCUCUUACCCUCUGGAAGCAAUUCCCUGGCCAAGGGAAGUUGUCUCAGGAAGCUGGCUCCUGUGUGUGCCUCUGUGUGGUUAAGACGUGGCCCAGAGCCUUCCUUGGAGCUGUCAGUCCAGGCAAAGCCAAGAGCAUCUGAGCACGUCCCUGACUUCCCAGUUGCAGCAGGUUGCUCGCUCGGAGUUUGAAUUCAGUGAAACAGGGUGUAGUUCUUCUCCGCACUCUGUGUGGUCUGGCCUUGCAGGUAGGGAGAAGUCAGUCUAAUCGAGAUUGUGCAGUUCUAGUGACAGGUGCCAAGAGGUUAUGAUACGGGUUUCUUGGGUCUGAUGUACAGUGUGAAUAAAUGCUUGCAGCUCUUAGCCCUUUUCGAUCAAUGAAGCACUUUUUUAUUAAUAUUUUUCUUUGUAUGUAAAGGAGGAACCGUAACUCUCCGUAGCUGUACAUAUAACCCUUUUCUCCUAAAGAGGAGUCAGUCAGUGCUCCUAUAUUUUUCAUUUUUUGUCAAAGCAAGAAGUAAAUACUUUAGAACUGUUAAAUAUAUAAAUAAAGUGAAUAAAGUUUAGUGUUCCGCAUGGUA